GCAGCCUCGAUUCGUUUCAAGCAACUCUCAGCAGACGCGCAGUUUAAUACAUAACAAGAGAGAAAGAGCAUCUCUGAUUGUGAGUGAGGGGCCCGGUUUUCCGGAACCCUGCAGACAAGCAACAAUGACGUCACUUUUCCUACUGCUUUUGGCGUCAACAGCCUUAAUUGCAACGGCAAAAGAUUCAAGUGUUGCAGAAGUGGAGGAACUUUUGAGGUUUGGGGACACGAUGGAUUUCGGCUCGUCCAGUUACAUCGUCCUCCUGGGCUCGUCCGGCGUGGGAAAAAGCACGCUGGCGAAAUUCUUGGUCCGAGACUCGUCGCUGAUGGUUUUCCGGAAAGGCAGAAGCUUCGUUUACUACGACAACAGCACCAUCAGUGGCAUCACCCGCCAGUCCAAGACGCUGCUGCCCAACCACUACAAGGACCUGGAGACGGGACAGGUAAUUGUGGACAUGCCCGGCUUCAGCGACACCAGAGAGCCUAAGUACGAAAUCGCAGCCGCCUACUUCAUCAAGAAGGUGAUGGAGUCGGCGGAAAAGCUCAAGAUCGUCGUGGUGGAGAACAUGUUCAGCCUGACUGAGGGUCAAGACCGCUACGGCUUGACCCGACUCAUAAAGCACACCGCCGAACUCAUUCCGGACAUGACCCUGUACAACGACUCGGUCGGUCUGAUCGCCACCAAAGCCAGUUUCAACGGGUUGACUGAUGAGGAGCUCAUCCAAGACGUGGUGACCUACCUGGAAACUUACGCAAUCGACCUAGCUGAGGAAAUUCAAGAAGGAACCGACCUGGUUAAGAGUACUAAGCUGCUGGAAGGCCACCUGAAAUUUUUGGAGACGAUGAUUGGAAGUGGCGAUGGCUCAAACGUUGGCCUUUUCUACAGACCGAACAAAGAAGGCACCCCUUGGGAGUCCUACCUGACCAACAAGAGCUGGAUUUUGCUGAGGAAGCUCAUUUUUGAAACACUGGCGUACAAGAAAGUUUCUCCUGAGAUGCAUUUCAAGUACUCCUUGUCCACUGAUGCCCAAGUUUUCGUCAAAGAAAAUUUGUUAAACACCACAAACGACGUCGUCUUGACGGAAACGAGAAGUUACCUUACGUCAUUAGUGACCCAAAUGCAGUCAGACUUGUGGCGUUUGGGAAACGUAACCAUUGGAGAAAAAAUUGAACUGGUGCAGAAUAAUAAACACAAUUUUGAUAAAUUUGUAACCGGAAUCAAACAUCUGGAAGACAUCAAAUCCAAAGUGGAACACCUAAAUCUUCCUAAAACCUACAAACUUGACAAGCUAAACAAUUGCCUAAGAAAGGCAGAGUUCUUCCACGGCGUGCUGAACACCAACGGAUACGGGCUGCUCGCAGACAUAAGAAUAAUUUUCAAUGAAUUCGGUAAAACGACUAACGAUUACGUCAUUUACUACAACUUUCUGCAAGACCUGAAAUCUAAACUUGACUCUUACUUGCCGCAACUCAACAGAAAGAAAAUUUUCAAAACAAUUACUGCGGGAAGCUACAAAUCGUUUAUCUUCCAAUCCGCUCUGUUCAAAAUUGACAUUUCAAACAAGGAGGCACUUUAUGACAUUACUCCGGACAAAUCCAUGUUGCGGGACAUGAACCAGGUGAUGAAGGAGCAUUUGAACUACGGCACGUCCUACGAGGUCAGGGGCAACGACAUUUUCAUCAGCGGCAAAGUCCUGCUCACCAGCGAGUUGAACAAGGGCCAAAGUUUUGGCACGACAAACCACUUGCAAAAAAUUCACCUCUUGGCUGAAAAAGUAAUUUACAUUGACGAGGGACUGUCAGUGUUAUCAGCAAACAUCUUCCUCGUCGCUCCAAAGAUAGAAGCGAUCAAAACUGCGCAGGGUGUUGUCCACACGAUCGAAACUUUGGGCGCCCCAUCGACGGAGAACCUUGGAAAGGCGCCGAAUUGCGCCGUUUUGGGUCAAAAGGGAGGCCAGGGACGACGUGGAGUCACAGGAGGAAAAGCAGGGGACAUUUUCAUCGGGGCCCUGGAGAUAGUUUCUCCAUCAAACGUGCAGAUCAAGAGCACGGGAGGUCGCGGAGGAAAGGGCCAGACGGGCGGAGAGGGAUGUGCAGGAAAGGUCAGCCCCUUUCCUGACUACAUUAUUCCAGAUAUGCCUGAAGUCGGUCACGUCCUGAACCAGUACAACGCAAGGGGAUACGUGACCUCGUGGAACGAAGGUGCCGUGGACAUAAAAAACUUCCAGCUCAGCAUUUACCCUUCGGUAGGUGGAAAGGGUGGCGAGGGCGGUCCGGGUGGCAGCCCUGGCAGCAUCCAGGUCGAAGCGAAAGAGAAGAUUGACGGGAUUGUCAAGAGAAGUUUGUCUUAUGGGGCGUCGGGCGAGAGUGGGGAGGGGGGUCGGGGCGGCACGGCCAUGCCCAAGUGCGCCCAGGUCCACGUGUUCUGCCAGAGAAACGAGCGGAAGGAGAAGACGAAAAAGUUCAACCUGGCCAGGUUCAACUGCCAGUGGUUCAGGAACGGCUGCGACAUCAUCGUCUCCUUCUCCUGCAAAUACGUUUCGCACAACCUGUGCACCAAAAUGACCCCGGACGGAGCGACUGGCGAGAACGGGGGGUCCGACGACAGAUCCUCGGAAAAAAGGGUUCUGCCCCCUCAGGAAAACGCAGACUUGACCCUGGUGAAAAAGGAACUCGAGAAGCUGGCUUCGGAGAAUGGUAAUCCGGAAUUUAUUAAGCUGAAACAAUUUAUUGAGCUAAUAAAAUGAAGUUGAUGAAAAUGUGGGGAAAAAUUAAUAGAUAAUCAAAUAUAAAAUCAAUAAAUGAGUAGAUGUUUAACAAGUUUUUUAAAUUUA